CCAUGGGCUUCCCUCUCACAAAAGUUGAGCUAAAAUCUCACUCGCGCAACAACCCCAACCCCAACCCUGCUGCUGCCGAGCAAAAAUCCCCAUCCCCUUCCCUUUUCCUUCCCCACAAAUCAAUCAAACCCUCCAUCAAUCACGCGGCGCGCCUCCAAGUCCAAGAUUCGAUUUUGCUUCUGUGUAGGGGAGGGGAGGGGAGGGAAGAGGAGGCGAUCCAGGGAGGGAACAUGGAUCAGCAGGAGGAGGAAGCGUCCGUCUCCGUCAGCGUCAGCGUUCCUUCCUCGUUGCAUCUGGAGGAGGAGGAGGAGGAGGAGGAGGAGGAGCAGGAUGAAGAAGAGGAAGACCAACAAGACAUGGCUCCGGUGAAGAUGGCGCUGGGCCCUCAGGUUCCCCUCAAGGACCUCCUCCACCUCCACAAGGAGGAGGAGGAGGGGGAGGAUGAGAGCCUCCGUAGAUGGAAGGAGCAGCUCCUCGGACCAGAUGCUGUCCACACCACAAACCUCCUCCAUGCCCUUGGAGCAGAGACCGUCGAACCGGAGGUGACCAUACUCAACCUCACCAUCCUCGCACCAGGGAGGCCUGACCUGCUUCUGCCGAUACCCUUCGUGCCCGAUGACAAGGGCCACGCCUUCGCGCUCAAGGACGGCUGCGCAUACAGCUUCCGCUUCUCCUUCGCCGUCUCCAACAACAUCGUGUCCGGUCUCAAGUACUCACACACCGUCUGGAAGACCGGAGUUAAAGUGGAGAACCAGAAGGUGAUGCUGGGGACAUUCAGCCCUCAGCAGGAGCCCUACACGUACAAGGCUGAGGAAGAUAGCACCCCGAGCGGCAUCUUUGCAAGGGGUUCCUAUUCUGCCAGAUUAAAGUUUGUGGAUGAUGAUGGGAAGGUGUACCUGGACAUGAGGUACAGCUUUGAGAUCAGGAAGGACUGGCCUAAUUAACAGACAACAAGACCGACUCAGUCAGCCAGUAGAAGUGAGACCACCUAACCUACCCAGGGUUCGUCGCAAAGAUGAGAUGAGAUGAGAUGGGAUGAAUGAAUGUUAGUUUAGGUUCUGCGGUGUCAUGGGGAUGUUGAUAGCUGUUAGGUGAUUGAUGUUUCUUGUGUGGUAUCUUUCAGGGAUGUUGAUUCACUCGCUCUCUUCGCUUGGCUUGCAAUGAAGAAGGUGAAAGACUUGAGUACCUGACCUGGUUUGAAAGUGUGUGUCUGAAUUUGCAUGCAUUAGUUAGUUAUUCUUCAUGGCCCGUAGAUUCCCUCGAACGCUGAUAGUGAUAGAUGGUGGCUGUUUCCUGAAUGGAAUGUUUGGGUAAUGUGAACCAAAUUGUUUCCUGAACCACUUAACGUGCAGACUUUUGUAGAGGAGAAGGAAUCAGCAAUUUUUAGUACAAUAUAAAUUGUAGUAAAAAGUGACUGUUUGUACCA